AUGCCCUCUCAACAGCAUUCCGAGAAGCAGCCCGGCUUCGGCACCAACGCAGUCCACGCCGGCCUACCUCACGACCCUACAACAGGCGCCAUAUGCCUCGCCACAGCCUUUGCCCAGCCAGACAUCAACCAGCCCACGAGCAAAUACAUCUACUCCCGCUCCAACAACCCCAACCGCGAGAGCUUCGAGCAGGCCCUCGCAACGCUCGAGCACGCCAAGCACGCCCUGGCCUUCUCCUCCGGACUGGCGGCAACGGCUGCUGUGAUCCACGGCCUCGUCCGCCCCGGCGGACACGUCAUCUGCAACGCGGACCUGUACGGCGGCACGUACCGUUUCCUUACGAGGCUCGGCGGUGUCACGGUCGACUUUGCGCCUUCUCUAGAAAGAGACAUGGCCACGCUCGUUAGAGAUGAUACGCAGCUCAUAUGGAUCGAGACGCCGAGCAAUCCUACCCUUUCGCUGGUUGAUAUUCGUGCCGUGGCGGCGAUUGCUCAUGCGCGGGGCAUUAUGGUGGUCGUGGACAGCACGAUAUUGUCGCCGUAUCUCCAGAAUCCAUUGAACCACGGCGCCGACAUCGUCCUGCACUCUGUGACGAAGUACAUCAACGGGCACAGCGACGUGCUCAUGGGCGCCGCAGCCUUCAACUCCGACGACUUUGAACAAAAGCUCGCCUUCAUCCAGACAGCAGCCGGGUCCGUCCCGAGCCCCUUUGACUGCUGGCUGGCCCACCGCGGCCUCAAGACUCUGCACCUCAGAGUACAUGCCGCCUCAGCCAACGCGGCGGCUCUCGCGAGUCUCCUCGAGGCGUCUCCUCACGUUCUGGCGGUCAACUACCCAGGCCUGCCCUCCCACCCGCAGAGACAGAUCGCGCAAAGGCAGCACUGGGCGGGUAUGGGCGGCGCCAUGAUUUCGUUCCGCAUCAGGGGCGGCGGGGAAGCGGCGGCGCGGUUCUGUAAGGCGACGAAGUACUUCACGCUGGCGGAGAGCUUGGGCGGUGUGGAGAGCCUCUGCGAGAUACCGGCGCGCAUGACGCACGCGUCUAUGCCGCGCGAAGCGAGGGAGAGCGUGGGUGUGUAUGAUGAUUUGGUUCGGUUGAGUAUUGGUGUUGAGGAUGUGGAGGACCUGAAGGGGGAUCUAGAGCUCGCUUUGGCUGAAGCUGUGAAAGAUGAGUAG